UUGAUAAUGAGAAAUGUUUCUUGAGCAUUAAAUCAGCAUAUUAGAAUGAUUUCAUAUGAUUCAUUUAAACUUUAAGACAUUUUUAUCAUUUCAGAUGUUUAACGUGUAGUGUUUUAUGGGCAAAUUCCUCACCACGAUUUGCUCAAAAUGCCCUUAUUUUAAUGGCAAUUUGUGAACUGAAUUUAACCCGUAUGAACUUUAUAGGAACUUUAUAAAUCCAGAUCCAUACGUAUAGGGCAUUUGGUCAGUAGUAAACUAUUACUCACCUGUUUAGUAGUUUGAUUUUAAACAGCUGUGUCCUCUGUAUCUUAGAAGUGUAUACCUGUGUAUUUGGUCUGUGUUUUGUGAUUAGAAUAUACUCUGUUGAUACCGUUCAUGAUCGCUGUUAGAGGAAUGUCUUCAACAGGAGGACCGACACCCCCCUUCACAACCCUGUCAGUCACCCGGCCAGCUGAGACCUGUAUGUCUGUGUUCAUUUUUGUUUUACCUGGUGAAAUGGUUGACUGCUUCAGUCAGAUAGCUGAGGACUCAGAGUGUCAUGUCAUGGUUUUCUCAGGUGCUGGUAAUAAUCUGUGCACAGGUAUUGAUCUCAUGAGCAUGGCCAGUGAUAUUCUUCAGCAGGAAGGUGAUGACACAGCCAGAUCUGCAUGGAACCUGCGCCGCAUCAUAUCUCAAUACCAAGAGACCUUCUCUGUUAUUGAAAAGUGUCGAAAACCAGUGAUUCUGGCCACUCAUGGAGCAUGAAUAGGAGCAGGCGUAGACCUAAUAACAGCAUGUGAUAUACGACUGUGUACGCACUAGGAUGACUGGUUUCAGGUCAAAGAGGUUGACAUUGGUUUGGCAGCUGAUGUCGGGACUUUGCAGUGUCUUCCCAGUGUGGUUGGAAGUCGAAGUCUAGUGAAUGAGUUGGCAUUCACUGCAAGAAAGAUGUACGCUGAUGAAGCCAAGAGCUGUGGACUGAGCAGCUUUAUAUUUUUAUUAUGAAUUUUAGUAAACAUGAUCAAUCUCAUUUACUCCAGAGACCACAGUGUCCCAGAGGCCCUAAAUUACAUAGUAAGCUGGAAUAUGAGCAUGAUUCAACCCCAAGAUUUAAUGAAGUCAGCUCAGGCAGCGAUGGAGAAGAAAAACCUCUGAGAGUCUACACACCCUUACUUACAAAUAACAUCUUCCUCAAUGAAAACCAGCUGAUAAGUUAGGUUUGCUCAUCUUAAUCAACAUGAUUUUUAUGGCUAAAGUGAAACUUGCUAUUGCAUAUUUCAGUUCUGUCUUCACAUUCAUUGCCUUAAUGCUGUUUCACGUCAAAUAAUUAACCAAAAAUCAUGUUCAGUGCUGAAUGUGGUAAAAACAAAAUACCAUAAGAUGAAAUGGAGGUAAACGGUUUGACUUGCUUUUGUAGUCUAUGAUUUGUUUUUGUUUUUUGUUUUUUUAUUUAUCAGUGACUUGUGUUCUGCAUUACAUGAAAUGUUACAAUU